UGAAAGAGGCACGCAGAGAGAGGGAGAUUGGGAGGGACUGUGGGCGAGGGAAACUUGGAUCCCACAACUGAACAGAGCCAGAAAGUCCAUAAGCUGAAAGUCAACAGCAGGAAGAGAAGGAAAUCAGCCAGGCAAGGAAUCAAGAACUGCUCUUAGUACAGGAGGAAUGUCAUAAAGUGUAUCUAAACUGCCUUUCUCUUAGCAUUUAGCCAGCUCUUUUUUGUUUUGUCUUGUUUUGUUUGAGCAUUCUGGAAACUUUCGGAAGGAUCUUAUUGCCUUUACAGCUCAUUUCUGGAAAGAAAAACUCUGAAGACGUCACAGCAGUCUCAAGUUUUUUUAAGAAGGUUUUCGGAGUUGAGACACGCAGUGAAGAAAUAACAAGGAAGAUGGCUUGGCUGUUUCUCUUAUCUCUGUUUCUGACUUUGGGCGGCGUCCAGAGCCAAGGUUCCUCCCAAGAUGCCUUCAUAAUCCAGUACCUGGAGAGAAGGCUUGUUCAGAUGGAGGAGCGUCUGAGUCUGUGUGAGCAAAACACAAUUAGUGCCACCCAGAAAACCUAUGACCUCUCCUCUGAAAUCAGAGGCUAUCUGUCCACGCUGAACAUUUUGAGAUCAGAGGUAAAGAGCCAGGUGGACGGUGUCUCUGUGCGUGUUGAUCGGGUGGAGAGAGAGCUGGAGUAUUUAGAGAACAAAAUUCCCACUCAGUCUGACAUCGAGAUGGAAGAAGCACUGCUAGAGCAGCAGAUAAAAGCAGUAGAACUGGAGCAGCUGAAAAAGAAGGCCAAGAUCAAUGUGGAAAAUGACUGCAGCACGGCUCUGAGUCAAGUCAAGUCUCUUAAGAUUGUGAAGAAGGCUGGAGAUCCAAAUGGAUGCUGGUUCAAGGACCCCUCUGAGGGAUCAAAUAAGGUGUACCUGUUCAGUGGAUUCCGUAACAACACCGUACUGGAGUACAAAUCUCUAAAGAGCUUCACAAAGACUUCCACACCGCCAGCAAACGAGGUGCAGCUGCCUUUUUCCUGGCAGGGCACAGGCCAUGUGGUUUACAAUGGAUUCCUGUACUGCCAUAAGGCAGAUACAACCAAUGAAAUACUGAAGGUGGAUUUGCUGAAUGGCACUGUGGUGGAUAGCAUGCUUCUUCCUGGAGCCGGUCAUCUUCCCGUCUACAGCCUAAAUCCCAACACUUUUCUUGACAUGGCUGUAGAUGAGCUUGGCCUGUGGGUUAUCCACGCGGAUCCUGAGUACGGAGGAAACCUGGUCAUCACCAAAGUAGACAAAGUAAGUUUAGCAGUGGAGUACACCUGGGACACACAGUGUAGAAGCCGGGACGCCGAGGGGGCCUUCCUGAUGUGUGGGACGCUUUACGUGGUCUACAACACGCGCUAUGGAGGACGCUCCACCAUCCAGUGUCUGUAUGACAUCCAUGACACCAUCCACAGCAACGAGAGUCCUGUGAUGUUCUUCCCAAAACGCUACACCACCCACAGCAGCAUCCACUAUCACCCUGGAGACAAACAGCUGUAUGCCUGGGACGAUGGCUACCAGACAAUAUACAAAGUGGAGACCCGCGCCAAUUCCCAAAUGAAAUCACAAUGAAGCCUCUUCCCGUUAAGCCCUUUACCCAGCGUCAAAACCUGUAUUGUCACAUCAAAAAUCACGGAAUAGUGCCGCCCCAACAGAAUUGUGUUAAAACAAUGUGAUGGGUCUCAUUAAAUCUUUCUUUAUUCAUCCUC